UUUAUGUUGACAACAUUAAAAAAUUAUAAAAAAAAAGUUGUAUUAUUAUUUGACGAUUUUCAAAAUGUUUUGGGUAAAAAUGAUGUUCAAGAUUUUUUGUUAUUUUUAAAAAGGUUAAGAGACCAUCCAUCAGGAAUUAUUCAAUCAAUUGUUUUUUUCGGGAAUUAUGAUCUGUUCCAAUUAUCGUCACUAUUACUUAGAUUCAAUACUUCAUCGCCUGUAUCAUUCGAUUCAAAUGUAUUUCUAUCCAAAGCUACCAAAGAGGAAACAAAAUCUUUAUUUUUACAAUGGUCAAAAGAUAAUGGCAUUCAUCUGAACGAUGAUUUUCUCAAUCAAUUAUAUUUUUAUAGCAAUGGAGAUCCACAUCUAAAUGGUAUAUUUGGUAUUGCUUUAACAAGUCAAUUAAGAAAUAGACAAGAUCUUUCAAAUUUUGGUUCAAUUAAAAAAUCAAUUUUUGAUUUAAUGAAACAGCAACAGCAAUAUUAUUUCUUAAAAUCAUAUGUAGCAAAAUCUUCAUUGGGUGAUAUUUUAAAUGGUAUUGUCUUAAAAACUUCAUCGGUUGAGGAUAUUAACUACAGUGACUUGAUUACACUUUCAAAUUUUGGUUUGUUUUACUAUAUAAAUUCAAGGUUUGAAAUAUCAGCCCCAAUUUUAAUUGAUUAUCUUUUAGAAAAGUCGUCUGUUUUAUAA